UGCUCUUUUCUUCCCCAGUGCCUUUACACUCCGAAUGCUGGGUUCACCUUGGGGCUGAGUCUCAUGGACCUGUUUGUGUGACAUAGAAGCCUGCUGUAGAAAAACUGCUUGACUGUCCCCUUUACAAGAGGAGAGGGAGGAUGGCAGCUCGGCGUGCGCUGAAAGCUGUCUUGGUGGAUCUCAACGGCACACUUCACAUUGAAGACUCAGCUGUGCCAGGCGCUCAGGAAGCUCUUAAAAGGCUGCGUAGUGCUCCGGUUACCAUUCGAUUUGUGACGAACACAACGAAGGAGUGCAAGAGAGAGCUGCUGGAGAGGCUGGUGAAACUGGGCUUUGACAUUGCAGAAAAUGAGAUCUUCACAUCUCUGACUGCAGCCAGGAACCUUCUGGAACAAAAGCAAGUGCGGCCACUCCUCCUGGUGGAUGAUAAGGCCCUGCCUGAUUUCACAGGGAUAGCCACUAAUGACCCCAACGCGGUGGUGAUAGGACUGGCUCCAGAGCACUUUCAUUAUGAGAUGAUGAACAAAGCAUUUCGACUGAUUUUGGAUGGGGCUCCUCUUAUAGCUAUACAUAAAGCCAGGUAUUUCAAGAAAAAAGAUGGCUUGGCUCUGGGACCUGGACCUUUUGUAACUGGGCUGGAAUACGCGACAGACACCAAAGCAACUGUGGUGGGGAAGCCAGAGAAAACCUUCUUCCUGGAAGCUCUGCGGGGAACUGACUGCAUGCCAGAGGAUGCUGUCAUGAUCGGUGAUGACUGCAGGGAUGAUGUUGGAGGUGCUCAGAAGGCGGGUAUGCGUGGGAUUUUGGUACGGACUGGUAAAUAUCGACCAGCAGAUGAAGACAAAAUCAAUCCAGCUCCUUACUUAACCUGUGAGAAUUUCCCAGAGGCAGUGGAACAUAUCCUGGAGCGCCUGCUAUGAGAAUUGGGGGGGUGUGCUAUGAGGAAGGGAAUAGUUAGUUUGAAGAAACAUCUGUUUCACAUAAUUUCCUUUACUCUUGCUUCAUAAAAUUGUCACAGGAUCAAUGCAUGCCUUUCAUCAGAAAACUAGCUGUGAGCUCCUUCCACUCUCAUUGUGAAAGGGCAGAUGAUCCACAAAGCCCUUUUCCUGUAGUAGUUUCAGGAGGAUGUGAUAAGGGACUGUGGACGCUCGCAGGUGAGACAGGCUGCAGCCUCCUGAAUGACAUGGGGAGCACUACAGAGAGGUCUGUUUAUUUUCAGUUUUCAAGAAAUAACUGAUGAAAAGCCCUGUCUGGAAAGUGUCAUGGUUCUGCUGCUGAAUGAGCUAAACUGAACUCCCCCCUCACUGGAAGUACUCAUGUAAAUAAACCUCAGAGACUAACAGAGCCUCAGUCAGCCUGUAGUGAUUUCACUGAGGAUGUCCCUGCUCUGCUCUAAUUUAAAGGUGGAGAUUAUGCAUGUUUAGAAGUGACUUGAAAAUGUCACCAUUGUUUAAUAAUAAUUACUGUUGGUAUCUUUCUUCUCAUUAAGAACAGAUCCUGGGUUUUUUGUUUUGGAAAUUUGACAUAAAAACUGUCAGCAUUUUACAGAUGUUUUAAUUAGGUGCUGUUAUUAAAAAGAAUGAUACUGAAACAAAGCCCUGGUAUUAAAUGCCUUUGAGACUGUGUCUUUUAAAAUUAGACUUCAGCAGGGUCCUAUCGAUCCUACAGUUGCAAAAUGUCACUGUUAUUGGAGGGUUUUGUUUCUUUUUAACAUUAUGGUAAAAAUCCCUCACAAGCCAUGGGGACAGAUUCCAGUUUUUACACAGUUGGUUAGCAGUAAAAUGAAAUUUAAUUCUGCAGUAUGCAGUGCUUCUCCUGUGCACCAAAUCCCCCAGUACGAACCAAGUUUGUAAUGAUGGUAAAUAGCUUUUCUGGUCCAUUUGAAAACCACAAUAAUCCAAGUCCUUUACAGUUGUUUUACAGUGCUCCCGAGUGUUAAAUUAUCAGAUUAGUAAUUAUACAUUACUGGAUUAUUAACCUUACUGAAAAAUACAGUUUUGUGUUAAUGAGCCAUGCUUGUUCUUGUUAAGAAAAAUCAUCGUGAUGGAUGAAUUUCCUUACGUGACAGAGUGUGUGGCUGCAGUUGCACGUGGUGGAUGGUUGCCUAUGCUCACAUUUAAUCUCCCUCAGAGACAGGACACAUGAAUGGAGUACACUUUGCAGUGGAAACACAAGAACUGAUAAACCUUCCCACCUAAAAACAUAA